AUGUCUUCAUCACAAACCAACGCCUGGCUGCGUGCGCAGCGCAAGCUCGACCUCGUCCAGGUCGCCGACAGUGUUGGCCUAAAAAACUACGAGGGUCUCAAGAAGAGCGAGCUCGAGGUCGCGCUCGACGAGUUCAUCGCCGAAAACAGCAGCCGCCUGGCCAACCGCUCCGACUUGGCUCCCUAUUUCACCAGCCGUUCCAAGGCUCUUGGUUCCCCCGUGAAGAAGGAGAAGGACUCUUCUAAGGAUGAGAGCGACAAACCUCUCAAGGUUACCAAGCGCCGUGUCACCAAGGCCCUCGAGGAACUGACUUCUGAAAGCGACGAGCGUGGAUCCUCCACUGCCAUUACUCGUACUCCUGCCCGCAGCCUUUCUCAAGUUGCUGCUCGCAUUCCCCUGCCAGCUACUCCUGCCGACGUGGCCAACGCUUUUGACCGCUCAACCAUCGCCAUGCGCAAGCGCGUCAGCUCCAUUUACCAAGAGACUGGCAUCACGGAAGCCUCUAAUGCUACCCGGGAGACUCUUAGUACCGUCACCAGCAUUCUUUUCGUCGUCGCUGCUUUCGAACUGUACUUCAUCCGACCCGAGAUACUGGCUAACCGCUAUGCCUUCACCAUCCCCGCCAUCCGCGCCAUUGGCACUUCCGACUACCCCAUCUACCUGCCCGACAUGUUCCUCAUCUUGACCUCGAGCUUCUGGUCUCCGGCCCUUACCUGGGCUCUGACCAGCGUUGUCCUCCCCAGCUUAUUCGGUUACUUCUUCAACCUGACCGCCACCAGCCACCCUGGUCCGCGAACCCGCUCUAGGGCAGCGCUCAACGACACAGUGGUCGACCCUCUUACGUUCAGCAUCGUCAAGGCACUGGUUUCGUACGUCGUCUAUGGCCAGGGCGUCACCUUUGGUGGCUUCCUGUCUGAGACGUCCAUCGAGCGUCUCAACGGCGCCGUCUAUGGUGGCUACAAAGGUAUCCUUGUUGGCACAGCCGUUACGGGCAUCGUGAGCAUGUACGAGGCUGUGUUGAGAAAAUAA